GUGAAGCAUGUCGCAAACAGAAGAUCCGAUGUUCAUUGAAGAAUUCCAAACCACCUUGUGACCGUUGUAGAAAGCGCGGCCUACCUUGCACUUUGAACCGAAGUUUACAAAUGCUUCUUGAAAAUGACGUCUCGUGAGCAAUCUGGUACCAUCUCAUCAUGAUUACGAAGACUAAUCAAUCAAUCAUCCUAGAUGGAAGCGAGCAUUGGAACAGAGAAUGAAGCCGAAGAUGAUCAUUAUGAUAGCUCAUACACUACGGCGGAAGGAACUACGGGAUUGAAGAUUGUCAUUGAUCUCGAAUCGAGCCCCAGCACUCUUCCUGGCCAUUAUAUUCAAUCUGCAGCUCCUAUCCCAUCAAGACCAUCUCGGGAUUUAAUCACUCGUGGUGUGAUUACAAUUGAAAACGCCCGGAAAUACCAACGAGUUUAUCAAGACCGUCUAGAUCACUUCCUGUAUGGUCCCCUUGGCGACUACAGCAACGCUACGUUCGAGGAGAUACAGCACAAAUCACCCAUACUUGGUACUGUUGUCUGUGCGAUUGGUGCACUCCAUUCAGCCUCUGCUGACUACGAGUCGCUCUACAGAGAGUUUAUUGGCCUGAGUGCAGCAAUGAGCUUUUCCAAGACGAAUGUGGUUGAUGAUGUUCGGGCACUUUGUAUUGGCGCUUUCUGGAUGAGUGACCUGUCCUCAUCGUUGGUGUCUCUUGCAGUUCGCAUAGCCACGGAAUUACAGUUAUACAGGAGCUUCUCCAAAGCUCUACAGGGUGACCGAGAGCAUUACUCGCGGGCACGCUUGUAUUAUCUGGUGUAUGCUUGUGAUCAUCACCUGUCUAUUCCAUAUGGUAGACCGCCCAUCACGCGAGAAUGCGAGGCUAUUCGGGAUGUGCGGAAGUUUCUGACAUGUAAACAUGCCAAAGAAGACGAUGCAAGGUUGGUAAGCCAGGUACUACGCUGGAGCGUCUGUACGAACGUCUAUGACACCUUCGGCGCAGAUGUCGACCGCGCCCUCUCUGAUGACGACAUUCCCAAAGUCAGGCGCUUCAGCAUUGCUCUCGACAACCUGCGUGUUGAAUGGGGGGAACGGUUCACUCCAAACGCUCACGUUGGCAACUACCCCCGCAAGGGCGUUAGUAUCCAAUACCAUUUCGCAAAGCUAUACCUCUUUUCUCAUGCUCUUCGAGGACAAAGUUCCAACCAAGCCCAGCCAAAAUCUUGGGAUACAGAUAUGGAGUUGUACGAGCUUGCAAAUUCCGCCAUACUUUCUGCUGUGUCUAUACUGCGAGCGGUUGUCUCAGAUACGGAAAUUCAGUCCUUUCUUAACGGCUUGCCGACCUAUUUCCACGUUAUGAUUGCUUUCGCCGUGGUGUUUCUGCUCAAGAUGUCAACCCGGUUCUCCAACGCCUUCCAGAUGAACGUUCAGGAGAUUCAGCGUCUCAUGUCUCAAUUGAUGAAUGUACUGCGGAGCGUGUCGAAAACGAUGCAUCCCCGGCACCUCUUGAUUGUUAUUAAGGAUUGCCUUGAGAACGCUCUAGAACGGAACUUUCCCAUGACAGAUACAAUCUUUAACGAUGCACCGGGCUUUCCACAUACUUUCCAAGCGUCGGAACCCAAUCAAGGAUAUCGUGGUGACUUGUUUGGCGAUGAUACGCUUAAUGGAUACUUCCUGAACGAAUACGAUUUCUUGGUAAACCACUUCCAGGAACCGGCCCUAUGAUAGCCCAAGUCCAAAGUCAAAAUCCUCUUUAAAUGUUGCACAAACCUCUAUGCAUAUGAUGCUUUAUAUUAAGACGCAGAUGAAGUCAGCAAGUGGAAACUUGGCACUCGUUGAUUGCUUUGUCGUUUCAUAUAUGAAGAAAGGAACGACACUCUUGGAAGGCUGAUGUUUUAUGCCAACUUGGUAUAUGUUUUAGCAGAUUUAAUUCUGAUAGACAGAACGUUGGCAUUAAGUCGUCGGAAAAUCCUGUUUUAGUGAUUGACACUGAUCGAAUAUCUUUUUCAUGGAACAUCUUGUGUUUUAAGACGGCAUGGUCCCACAUUCAGUACUAACAGCCAUCGGCCGGAAGACCGCAUCCAAUCUCGGAGGACCACCGAUAUGAUGCGCAGCAUUGCUAAAUAUAAGUUGCGCAUCUUUUUUUCUUUCUCCCUGGAUAGUUAUGUGUGUUUUAAACAAUCUCGAAAUCGAGCC